AUGGACCAACCCUCCCAAACUAGCUCCAAGCUGCGCCCUUUGUCCGCGGUCAAUGGACCCAAAUCAACCCUCAAUCCCACCUAUACGGUGGCUUGGAUAGAUCCCGCCCACAAGCUUCACACCCGCCUCGACGCUGUCGGCCACAUUGAACCCAUCUGGAAUGACAAGUUCGUCUUCUCCCUCGACGAUGCCAUCCUCCACUCCGACACCACCACUGUCACCAUCAACAUCUUCACCGCCCGACCUCGCUUCCUUUCGGGCUCCAACACCCUCAUCGGUACUGCCCGCGCCCUCCUCUCCGCCCUCUAUCCCUCCACCACCACUCGAUUCAUCACCGUCCAAGUCCACCGCCCCCAGUCCCUCUGCCCCCAGGGCAUCCUCAACCUCGAUGUCUCCCUCCUCGAUGCAUACGUCCGCUCCUUUCCCAUCUUCAUCGAGCUUGCCUCCAAUGGCACCUCCUCCAUCGUCAUCUGCAACAACAUGCCCAAGAACAAGAAAGCACGACCCUUCGUCAAUCAAGACGGGGCUGCAGUCCAGUCCAAGCUUGAUCAGUGGCGGUUCGAGCUAUCGCCAAUUUCCGACGAAGCGGAUGGCUCUCGAGGCCAAGCUCAGCUUCUCAAAUGAGUUUUGUUAUAUCAUCUGGAGUUAUUAUUUUUUUUACAUUUAUUGUCUCUAAUUUUUAAUUAUUUAUUCAUUUUUUUCAGUUAAAAACUCAAAUGUUGUUUGUUUAUUAAUAUUUGUAGUCCACCAAUAAUACAUAUUAACUUCUAUUUAAUAGAUGCAUGAUGCUUCCUCAUAUAUAAGAUGUGAAAUUGUUCUUUCUUAUUCAUCAUUGUAUCUAAACAAUUACAAAUAGGACAACAAUAUUUGAAAAUUUUAUUUUCGAACAUCCAGCCCAGCGCACAAUGUGCGAGUCUUCGACUAGUUUUAUAUCAUUUGUCACAUUUACUUUUAUAUAUUAUUUUUAAUUUUUUUAAAUAAUAUAUAUUUAAUUUUGAAAUGAUAUAAUCAUAUAUUUCUAAUUAGAGCAAAAAAGGAGUCAUGGGUAUAGCCAGAAAUCAAGAAGAUUGCUGUAAAUAUAUAUAGAAGUAAACCUUAUGUUUUAUUCUUUGUAAGGCUAAAUUUCUUGUAUAAUAUUUUUUAUUUUAUUGAGGUUGUUGUUGUUGGGUAUGAAUUGUUUUCUUGAAAAAUAUAUUUUGAGAGGGAAACUAUAAUAUGAUACUAAAAGAUGGCACACUGCUAAUAUUGGGUUUGAUAUAUAUGGCAAAGAGAGAGAAGUGUAUAUCAAAAAAAGAAUAUAAUUUUGAUAGUUAUUUUUAAUUUUAAUUUAAAUAAAUAUUAAUUUUUAGUAUAAAUAACAUCAUAUUUGAUUUAUUUUUAUAUAUUUUUUUAUUUUUGAGUAUUGGGGGUGAGAAUUUAGAAGACACAAGGAAGUUAAUAAUAAAGAUAAUAUUAUUUUUAAAAUGAUUAAUUUAUUAUAAUUAUUUUAAUUUUUAUAUUUAUUCUAUUUAGGAUAUUUAUUUAGAUCUUGCUCAAUAUUCAAAGACGCCGAAUGCACAUGGUGUAAUAUUGAUUGAAUAUGAGAUAGAGAAUAGUAUAGAUCAUUAUAAAAUAAAAUAAAGAAUAUGUAGAAAAAAAAUGGGGGAGAGAGGAUAUGCCAAAGUUAAACAUGAUCCAAUUGGCGUACCAAUUAUCCGGCCAAUUUCUGCUGAUAAGUGAAAUAUUUAUUUUUUUUAUUUUAAUAUAUUAUAAUUUUUCAGAUGAAAACUAACUUUGAUGGCUUUGGACCUUUUUUUUCUUCAGCUACUAUAAAGUUUCAACUACAAUGUAUUUUUUGUUUUUGAUUCAAGAAGCGUUACUACAUCAAUCAAUGUAUUCAGAAAAGGUAAUCAAUAUAUUUAUAAAAUUUUUAUUGUUAUCUCAUAUUUUUAUAUCUUCAAUAUAUAGCUCUUACGGUACCAAGGGUUUUUUUUUUUCACCGUCUAUUUCCGCAAGCUAUACCAUAUCAUAGUUGUUUUAGUUGACAUGGUGUCUUAUUUUUAUUCAAAUUAUGUUUCAGUUGUAUCAUUAUUGCUGUUUCACCUGCUGUUGAUAUGGUACUUGAUCCUAUCACUUUUGUGGUAUUGUCGCUUCAAACUAUAGUUUAAGCUGUCCUAUCUUAAGUGACAUCUAUCUAUUUAUGCUACUUAUGUAUGUCUCUUGUAUUUUGUUGUCUUAGUAGCCCGUCUGAAAUUUUAUUUUUAAAAAUUUUAUCAAGUUUGUAAACAGUUAUUUUCAUUUUAAGUAAAGCUGUUGGCUUUCUCUUCUUUAUGGGAAAAAAAAAAAAACAUUGAGAACCCCAAAAAAAUAUUUCUCGGGCAAGUGGGAUUAUGGGAAGCUCCUCUUUAAUCUUUUCAUCUCCACUCUCAGCAACUUUGCCCUUUGCACGUUGUUACAAA